UUCUGGUGUCGUGGUAAGGAGGUAGUUGGUGUUGUUAGUUAAUAGAUGAUAGCAGGAGAUUUGAAGCAAAAAUUGAGCAUAAAAUGUUUAUAAUUGUUUCCACAACUUCCACUUGCUUGCUUUUGAAUAACUCAGCUUCUUCACCUUUGCUUCUGUCUUGUUGUAUCGAUUCAGUUAAAUAUGGCUCGUUUGCUCUUCCCAAGUUUGAAAGAAGAAGAAGAAGCAAAUGGAGAGUCGUUGAUGGGAGUGGCGAGAAGCAAUCAGCUGUUACCGUAGCAGCAACUACCACAAGUACUUUUGAUGAUGAUAACGACGUUGUUGACUCAGCUUCAGCUGUGUUGAAGAAUUUCUAUGGAGGAAUCAAUGCGCAUGACGUGGAUUCUGUAGAGUACCUUAUCGCUGAGAAUUGUGUGUAUGAAGAUCUUGUCUUUCCCCGACCCUUUGUUGGUCGUAAGGAAAUUCUAGAGUUCUUCAAAAAAUUCACUAAUUCUACCAGCAAAGAUCUGCAGUUUGUUAUUGAUGAUUUGUCUACUGAGGACUCCUCAUCUGUUGGGGUGAUAUGGCAUUUAGAAUGGAAGGGAAAACCUUUUCCCUUUAGCAAAGGGUGCAGUUUUUAUCGUCUAGAGGUGAUCAAUGGCAAAAGGCAAAUAACAUAUGGGCGCGACUGUGUUGAACCUGCAAUCAAGCCUGGGGAUGCGACUUUGGCAGCGAUCAGGAGUGUAACAUGGCUACUGCAGCAAUUUCCUCAGUUGGCAAACUGGUUAUAGUGAAAGAUUCUACAUUAUUUUGGAAGCGCAUAAUGUGCCUCCUUUUGCCCUUACAAAAUUAGUCUUUAAAAUUUGAUCGUAGUUGGAUUGUAUAACAUAAAACUAUUGCACGGCAGGUGAAAGUGUUGUGUGUGUAUAUACAAGAUAUGGGACAUAUGUGUCAGGAUGAAUUGACAUUAUAGCUGUCAAAUUUUUACACUUAUAUAAUAGCUUUUUGUUUGAAGAAGAAGUUCUUACAAUUAUAAAUAAGAGGAAUUAUUUUCUUUCCUCCUCAUA